GAUAAUUAUAUAUAUAUUAAUAUUAUAAUAUGUACGAUCAUUGUUUCUUAGUAUAACGUGUUAUAUACUUUUUAGGAAGAAUCACAGCAUCAUCAACUGAAGAUAACAUUGGAGUAUACUGGUUUACUAGACUAUUGAUAGAAAAACAAGGCAUUGCUUUCGCAAAUUUUAAUAAUAAAAUAUGUAUCUUGUUUUCCGCUUUGUUUUAUAAAGUAUAUAUAAUUAUAAAUUUCUACUUAAGUAAUUAAAAUGCCAUAUAAUUUCUUCUUUGCAAUUUGCAUAAUACUUUUCUUCAAAUUAUGUGGUAACUAAUUUAGACAAAUAUAGUCAUAAUAUUCUUUCGUUUGCCGCUUUACCUAGACUGAAGAUAUUAAUUUAUGAUACCAUAAUUGGAUAUUAUUUCUUAUUAUUAUCUUAAAUUUGUGUUGCUUUCAUGUGUAUAAAUGUGUAUAAUGCAUAAAUAUUAAAAGAAUAAAGAUUCGAAAUUAUCACAAAUUUUUAAGUAAUCUGACAUAUAAUUAUAUGAUAAUAUCGAUAGAUUAGGAAUAAGUUUCAAAUCAUAUUUUAUCAACGACUAGGUAUCUGAUAUUUGCGGUUCUACUUUAUGCUUUUAUUCAUAUAUACAUAUAUAAUUGUAGCAAUCAGAAAUUGCUACAAUUAUAUAGCUGCGCGAAUUAAUGAUAGGGAUUAUUUCCUUAAUACAAGUUCAAUAAGUACUUUCUUUAAUCGUAAGAGUAGAUUUCGAUGGAAAUAGCUUCUUAGAUUAGCAUUAUUGUGGGCGUUUAAUGUUUUUCUCACAUUUAUUAAUAUCCUUUUUUUUCCUCACAUGAGUCUUUUCACUAUAAUUAGAUCUUUCAAACGAAUACACAGACAAAAAAAUGUACGUAUAUAGAUUAGAAACAUGCGCCUACUUAUCUACUUACUACAAAAAUAAUAACAUGAGUUUGCAUAAAUAUCACAUAUAACAAUAAAAUAUCGCAACAGUUUGAUAUCAAUUCCACGCAACUAACGUAGAAUUCCAUAUAAAAAGAAAAAAUUAAUCAGAUCCGUCAGAGUUUCCGAAAAUUAAUUACAAGAUGCAUGAUUACUCUGACAUUAGCAGACAAAACAACUGGAGAAAUCGGAGAUUAGCAUAAAUAAUAAAUUAGCUUAAGUUAAAUGGUAUUCUACACCUCUGUACACGCCGGUAACGGAAAUUAUCAUGAAAAAGAGCUGAAAGGAGUAAUAAGACAUUCCGACAAGGAGAUGUCCAUGGUUGUAAGAAGAAGAUCAUUAUUCACCGUGAUGGCUCCGAAGGAUACCCUGUGUGUAUCACAGUCGGGCGAGAGGCCGCCAGCACACACGCUAGAGCGCUUCCGCAACUUGCAAGAUCUUUCUUUUAAUCGGGAAUCGACUCUCUCCUUGGCAAUGAACUUGCCUGCGCGGUGCUAGUGUGUCCGCGGCUACGACACUGGCCAGUCCAUACGCCUGCUUUUGCACGCUUUCGCGAGUCUCGGCACCGACCAUCUCGGCAUCGACGGCGACCCUGGACGUCGACGCCAGGCGCAUCAUGUUCUUCAGACUCGGAAUCUUCGUUGGCCUGGGCUCCGUGGUCGCGACCAUCAUCUACCUCACACCCGUACCAGAGCAAACAUUCCUCUCCUGCGACAGACCAUGCCAUCACUUGGAUUGGCCCAUGAUCUGCCGGGUGAAACUCACGUUAGAGGUCUUUCAAUCACUCAGCAAAUCAUGUGGAGAUUGCCCUUUAAAUGAGACAGAUUGCUCGGCUAAUCACUGCGUUGCUGCGGAUGGACAGAGACGGGGCAUCCUUACGGCCAAUCGUCAAAUGCCAGGACCCAGUAUUCAGGUUUGCGAAAACGAUAUCCUGGUAGUAGAUGUGGUUAAUCGUCUUCCGGGUAAAGCUGCUGCAGUACAUUGGCGUGGACAAGCGCAGAUGGAAAUGCCUUACAUGGACGGUGCACCGUUGGUCACGCAGUGCCCAAUACCGAGUUAUACAACGUUCCAAUAUAAAUUUCGCGCCUCCAUACCCGGCACACAUCUCUGGCAUGCACAUGCAGGCGCCGACGUUACCAAUGGCAUUUUCGGCUCGCUGAUCGUGAAACAGGCGGACCUUCGGGAGCCCCAUCGCACCCUUUACGACAUCGACGACCCUAAUCACGUGGUCCUGGUGACCCAGUGGCAACACUCGCCGGAAAUCUCAUUCAAUCAGGGUCAUUCGAAACCGGCGAUUCUUUUGAUCAAUGGGAAAGGUCGUCAGCCUGGCGGACCCAUGGUUCCCCUAAGCACAUUCACGGUCAUUCCAGGACGACGUCACAGAUUCCGCGUCGCCAAUGCCGGAGGCGCAGGAGCCUGUCCGGUGACGCUCUUCAUCGACGGCCACGCACUUCUUUUGAUCGCGCUUGAUGGACAUCCGGUAGAACCGCGACAAGUUACGUCGAUUACCCUCGCCAAAGGUGAAAGGGCGGACUUCGUCCUCAAAGCGAGCAAGCGCAUCGCCUCCUAUUGGAUGAACGUGCACACGGCGAAAGAGUGCGGACCGAGCGCGAUAAAUGGCGCCGCGAUGAUCAACUACAAAGGUAGCGUGGAACUUCCGGCGGCAACGGUGGAGGCUAUCGAUCAGCCGGAUAUCGACGAGAUUGAAACGAACCGGCUGGCCAUGACGACGAAUCCGGUGGAGAAAUGCGGUGGUCGGGAAAGUCUGUGCGUCACCGACAUCCAAAACGUGCGCAAAAUGCCGCACACCUUGACUAAGCCUAAAACAGACGUGACGAUGUAUCUGCCAAUUAACUACAAGAUGCAAGCGACGGAGCUGAUAAGCAACGGCGGAGCGGAAACGCGAGUGUUGAACGUGGACAACGCUACUUUCACGUUUCCCUCAUCGCCGCUGUUGACCCAGAGUGGCGACGUGUCCCCGGAGAUGCUGUGUUCCGGCAGUGACGGCAACGAUGACACCGACAGCGACGAUGCGAGCAGCAACAAGAGCAACGAGAUCGUGUCGCGACGCCGAUGCCGUUCCGAUGGCGCGAAUGACAUGUGCGAAUGCGUACACGUGCGCUACGUGCCCAUUGGGGCGUCCGUCGAGAUUAUUCUUCUGGACCAAGGUGGCCUGGAUGAUCUGGUCUACCAUUUACAUGGCUAUAGUUUCUAUGUAGUGGGCGCAAGGCAAUUUGGACGAAGCAUGUCACUACAGGAGGUGAAGAAACUCGACGAAAGAAGACAGUUGUUCUCGCGAAAUUUCGACUGCGCGCCUAUGAAAGAUACCAUCGUUGUGCCCAAAUUCGGUGCUGUGGCGUUGCGAUUUAAAGCCGACAACCCAGGAUAUUGGAUGUUACGGGAUGAGCACUCGGCUGAGUGGACUCGUGGUUUGGACAUUAUUCUGCAAGUUGGGGAACCAAGCGAUAUGAUAGCCGCGCCGCAAGACUUCCCUAAAUGUGGGUCCUUCGUCGGACCUGAUUAUUUCCUUAUAUAGACUGUUAGCUACUUAAGUCCAACAUGUAUAUAGUUGUAUAUAAUCGCUAUAAUCGCAUUUUGCAUUUUACAUUUUUAUGUCUUUUUACGAAUAAAUAUCUACUUACAUAUACAUGUAA